UAUAAGGGGAGGAUGGGAGCAGAGGAACACGUCUAGUUGAGACACCCCGACUGAGAGUGCACGCGCAUCUGUAGCUGGAGCGUUUUUAGUCAGACAUCCUGAGUGGAAGAGUGCACGUUCUCUAGCUAGAGUGUUUUUAGUCAGACAUUCCUACUGGAAGAGUGUGCAUUCUCUAGCUGGAGUGAUGCUGUGCAAACUACUCCUGUCCUGUAGUCUUCUGUUCUUUGCUCUGGAACCUCUGCCGGCUCACCCCUUCAUACACUCGGACAUGCCCUAUACAGGGCCGGUGUCAGACGAGGACGAGCAGACUGAUCCCGGGGAGCGGCUGUACCCUGCCCUGCCGUACCCAUCCUGGGGCGCCGGGGGGAUUGGUUACCCCUCCCUCCUCAGAGGGGACAUCAACAGGGAAGCAGGUCUGCGAGCAGCUGGUCCUUUCCUCUCAAGAGCUGUGGAGGUGCUUCUGGGUAGGGUCUCCCGGGAACGCCCCCUCGUCCAAGUCCUGGGGGGUCGCAAACCAUACAAGAGAGGAAGCAGCACAGACUGUUUCUGGAAGUAUUGUGUUUGAAACAGGAAACACCACAAACUAAACAUGAGCACACACUCACACUCACACACACCCACAUGCACAGACACUUAUUUGCACCCCCUCUGUAACUGGUGCAAUGCAAGUGAAUCACCACUUGACUCACAGUGUGUGCAUAUGCAAACUCAUGCAUAUGCAGAUCUGAUGCAAAUUUCUUUUGUACAUUUACUUUAGCACUAAUGUAAAUAGAGUAAAUAUUGUAAAACAAAAUGUUAAAUAAAACAGCAAAUAUAAAGCCCUGUGUUUCAAUUGCAAAUGUGAAAUAAAGAGCCAUGAUUGAAAAAGGA